UCCAUCGGUUUCUAUGAUCGAAUGGACGCGACCCUCUGGUGGCGAGAAUCUGUAACUACGUCACGACUUACCGACCGAUACAAAGCGUUUUGUCUCGUCGCCUCGUACCGAGUGGUAAUUCUACCAGCACGUUAUCCAGUGAUUAAACUAUUUAUGUUAGACUUCCUGCUUCGAGUGUUUAGGAUGCGUGCCGUUCGUACGUUACUCGGUAACCGUGAUUACGCGAAUCUACGAACGUUACCAAAGGUAAAUAUCCUACACGUUCCAUUAUAAACGUGAACGACUGCCGACACUCAGAGUAGAUUCUAUAGUGAAAAUUCACGUGCGACAUUUGGAAUCGAAGCAAUUCGGAGCAAUGGAUUUAAUUGGAUGACAGUCGGCGAAUAAAAGUCACUAUACCAGAGAUCUCGGCAUCUAAUCGAUAGAGUUCACACGUCAAUCAUUCUACGAGUCGGGAAAUAUGUCUUCCAUAUUGCAAUGGCUCGAUCAUGGCUAGGAUGUUUAUUGGGCGUGUUAGUACCGUCAGUGGUAUUUUACUUGUAUUUAUUGUUGAACGUGCCUUCCGCCGAGAUUGGUUCCUUCAAGCGUGUUGCGAAGUCCGGCGGCGGCUCGGUGUCCGUGGACGACAGAAUGAGAUUACGCGUCGAGGAGCCCAGCUUGCAAAAGUUUCGCAUAGAAAAUAAUCAAAUCGAGGGGAAAUGCGAAACCGUGCACAUCGCGAUGGUAUGCGCCGGCUACAACUCGACGUUCGCUCUUGUGACGGUAGUAAAAUCGGUUUUAUUCUACCGCACUAAACCGUUGCACUUUCAUUUGCUCGUCGAUGAGAUUGCGAAGAGAACGUUGGCGACCCUGUUCCAAACGUGGGACUUGCCUAAUGUGAAUCUGACGUACUACAACGCCGAGCGAUGGGUGCCAAAGGUGUCCUGGAUUCCGAACAAGCAUUACUCCGGCGUGUACGGUCUCCUGAAGUUAAUCCUGCCGGACGCGAUGCGGGAGGACAAGGUGUUGGUAUUCGACACGGACGUGACCGUCCUAAACGACGUUAGUUUGCUUUGGCGGACGUUCGGGAAGUUCACGAACGAUCAGGCGCUAGGUUUAACGGAGAAUCAGAGUCAUUGGUACAUAAAGGCGCUGUCUUACGGUCAACGGCCAUGGCCAGCCCUUGGCAGAGGGUACAACACCGGCGUGAUGCUAAUGCAGUUGCAGCAACUCCGUAACAGAAAAUUUAUGACCCUCUGGGAAACGGUUACCAAGCGCGUGCUCGCCCGCAUACCGGAAACUAGUUUAGCCGAUCAAGAUGUAAUAAAUGCUGUUAUCAGGGAGCAUCCUUCCAUUAUACACGAAAUAGAGUGCACCUGGAACGUCCAGUUGAGCGAUCACACGAUCAGCGAUCUUUGUUACCGCGACACUAGUCAGAUAAGUAUCGUGCAUUGGAAUUCGCCGCGGAAACAGGACGUGUAUAAUAAGCACAUCAACGAGUUUCGCAAGUUGCACAGGGUCUUCCUCGAGAUGGACGGGAAUCUGCUUCGUAGACGGUUGUUCGGUUGCGAUAAACACGACGAGACCGCGUCCCAAUACAACGAGUCGAGCCCGUGCCAGGAUUUCACCAGAGGCGCGACCAUGCUGUACCGCACCCAUCCUUUCCUUCUCGAGUACGAGUACAACGUGUACGCGCCGAGGGACGUCGCUCUGGUGACCCAGUGCAGCGUGGAAAGGAUACCGUUGCUGGAGGAGCUGUCGAAGCACUGGCCAGGAACCAUAAGCGUGGCGUUGUACCUCACGGACGCCGAGGUUCAGAACUUCCUGGAGUUCGUCAGAGGGUCUAUCGAGCUGCGCAAGAGGAAGAACAUCGCGUACCACGUGGUCUACAAGGACGGGGACCUCUACCCGAUCAAUUACCUGAGAAAUAUCGCGAUGUCCUACGUAUCGACUCCAUUCAUUUUUCAACUGGACGUUGAUUUUCUGCCGCAGCACGGGCUCCACGAGAGCCUCAUGAAUUACAUCGGUAAAUUAAAUAUCACCGAGUCGGACAAAGUAGCGCUGAUCGUGCCGGCAUUCGAGACCGAACGUUACAGGUUCACGUUCCCCGCGACCAAAGACGAGCUGCUGAGGUUCUUGAAACGGGGUGUACUGUACACGUUCCGUUACCACGUGUGGACGCAAGGCCACGCCGCUACUAAUUACAGUUACUGGCGGAACACGAUGGAGCCGUACGAAGUCUCCUGGGAGCCAGAUUUUGAGCCGUACAUCGUGGUCUCGAGAUUAGCCCCUAGAUACGACACCAGGUUCGUCGGUUUCGGCUGGAACAAAGUUUCCUACGUGACGCACUUGACGAUACUAGAUUACAAGUACAUCGUCCUGCCGGAUACGUUCAUUAUCCACCGACCCCACGCGCCUAGUCUGGACAUCGGCAAGUUCAGAACCGACUCCAUUUACAGGAGAUGCCUGAAGAAAUUGAAGGACGAUUUCGUCCAGGAGCUGCUGGCCAAGUAUGGAGAGAGCGCUCUGUCGAAGCUGAGGAAACUGACCAAAGAGGACAAAGUAUUGAAACCCGUCGGUGCCAAAUAGCUGAUAAUACUUACGAGAUUAUGUAUCGGAAAGCUCCGAGACGAUGAUGAUGAUGAUGAUGAUGAUGAUGCUACUGCUGCUGCUAUUUUCUCAAUAAAAAGGGAACCUGAAAGUUAC